AUUCUGUUAAUAGAAGAAGCAAACGUGGUGGAAAAGGUGAAGCAGUACACAAUGGUGGUGCUAAGACACGAGAGGAACGUGAGAUAGAAAUGGUAAGCGGUAUCUUAUUUUUUUCAAUUUUAUUAAUUUCAUCAUAUACAUUGAACUGAUACUCUUAUAUCAUUUGUGUGUUUAUUGGAAGACUGCUGAAAGGGGUGGAGUGCCACCAGAUUGGUUAGAAUUGAUGAGGGAUAUGCACACCAAUAAACAAACCGGUGAGGUUCAAGAUCCUGUUGCGAGAGAGCUGUUGGCAACUCUGAGUAAGCUGAAGGAGGACAAAGAAGCACAACUUCAGCAGUCUCAGUUGUCUGCGAAUGAUGGAUCUACGGCUUCUAACAUGCUGUCCCGCGAAGAGAUCAACCAACUGGUUCUCGAGAAUGUUCCUAUUAAGAAGGGUCGUCGGUAUGGUAUCGGUCGUACCUCCGAAGCUAUCUCAACCUCAUCAUCUCAGCACUCAGUUUCUUCCUCAAGUAUUCUUCAGUACAUCGAUCGGAUGAAGACGGAGCUUGAUGAAGAGCGGACAAAACGUCGAGCUAUUGAGGAAGAGCUUCGUCGCGUGACCGUUUUCAUUUCCAACCUUUGCCCCGAGCAGUUCUCUGCAACUCAAACCCAGCCGGACUCUGCAACCCAAAGCCCCGACGAUCGAUGUUUCUAGUAAGGAACUUUGGUUUUUUUUUUUUACUUGCUUGACCUUUGCCAACCGUUUU